GGUAUUUACGUAAUUACAAAGUCUUGGCAGAGGUGGUUCGCAUGAGGCAAAGUCAUUCCGUUUUGUCUCCUUCAGACAGAACCUCCUCCAUGCCUUCCUCUCCGACCACUUCCAAACCCAAACCCUAGAAUUAGAUCUCACAAUUUCUCUUUCUUCCAAUCAAAGAAUCCCAAUUCCGAAGCAUUCCUGGAUCCUCAGAUCAUAUAUUCUUCAAUUAACCGUCCCCAUGUUACAGUCCCCAUUUUACUUUUAGAGAGAGAAAACGUGAUCAUUCAACAAUUCAAUACCAAAAUCGAUUCUAUUGGAGCUCUGUUGAUGUUGCUUAUUGUGAUUCUGCGAUUUUUACCGAUCUGAACGAUGGUUUCGGAGCCCGAUUUGGUCCUCUACGCAUGUAUCUCCAAAGGAACUACGAUUCUCGCAGAGUUCAACUCCACAGACGCCGGUCUCGGAACCCUAGCUGCAAAAUGCCUCGAGAAGGCUCCUCCUUUGCACACAGUGUUCUCUCAUACGAUUCGAAACAGAACUUACACGUUCUUGAUGGACGAUCCUCUCGUCUAUUUCGCUAUAUUCGAUAAAGAUCUCCACAGUUCAGAAGGUCUCUCCUUUCUCAGAAGUGUUAAAGACGCGUUCAAUGAGAUCAUCGAUAGCAAGUGUUUGGAUAAUUUGAAUUCUUUUUGUUUUCAAGGCGAAUUCAAUCCGGUUUUUCACCGAUUGUUGGCGCCACCGCCGGCAGAUUCAGAAGUUCGGCAUUCGCCGCAAGAUGUCUUCAAACGCGGCAAAGGAGAGGGUUUGGAUUCGCUCAGAGGAGAGAAAAUUGGGUGUGUGCCUAUGUUUAAUGGCGAUAUGGGUAAGAAUUUGAAGAAGAAAAAGAAGAAGAAGAGGUUGUUUGUGGACGCCAAUGUUGAAGAUGAGGAUGGAUUCAGUUUGAAUGACGACAAGGUGGAUGUUUCUGCUGCUGCUGCUGGUGGUGGUGUUCGGAGUAGAGAAUUGUCGGUGUUCAUGCAGAAGAAUGGACUGGUUGCUGUCGAUCCGGGCCACCAAAAGGCACGGCGGGUGUGGAAGAAACAUGUCUGGGUGGUGUUGUUACUGGACUUGAUUGUGUGUUGUAUCUUGUUUGGAGUAUGGUUGUGGGUUUGCAGGGGCUUUAAAUGCAUUCGUGGUUGAAUUACAGUGUCUCAACUCUAGAGAGGUUUGAAGGCUUUGGUGGUGUCCUGCUUCAAGUUUGGGUGUUUUAUCUGUAUAUUGCUGUUGUAAAAUUAAGUUUGCUGAGCGUUCUAUUGGCAAUCCAAUUCAACUUCUGGUUCAGCUUCUACUGGUAAUUGCUCUUUUGUCUUCUUCUAUGAGAUACAAUGCCCUUUUAUGAAUUUUAGGGCUGAGAAUAUAUACCACUCCUUAUAUGGUUCUGAACUAGCUUGUUUUUAUGGCUUAAACUGUGCAUAACUACAGAUAUAUAGCAUUGCACAGCUAAAUUAUUUGCUUAUUUGGUAUUUGGGCUGCAUGAAAUGAAAAUUGUUCCUUUUUGAGUCUUGUAA